UGUUAGAAGUUAAAAAAGACAUAAACCCACAUUGGCUUUUUCUGCCUUUUGUUUCGACUUUUGUUUCUGUGCUACCUAUGCAUUUGUCUAUGUCUGCCUUCCUUCUUCUGCUUCCCCUCCCUCUUUUAACUCUCAAACCAACAUAAUGGGUUAGCAAUCAUACUCUCUCUCAAUUUCCUCCCAAAUUUUCUUCUUUCAUAAACUUCAAUCCUUUUUUUUUUCUUCUUGUUUGGUAUCAUCAAAAACCAUGUCUUUUCAUUUUCUUCUUGCCUUUCUUGAUUUUUUUCCCGUGAUUUGACUUCAUUUCCCAAUUUUCUUGGCUCCUUCAAGAUCAAGAAUCACUUGAUUGUUCUUAUCUCAAAACCCCACCUAUUCCGUUCGUUCAUCUGUUUUGGGUUCAAGAAUCACUGGGGUAUAAUUGCUAAGAACUGAAGUUGGGUUUGUGAUGGAGAUUGAUCUGAAUCAUGCAGUGAGUGGUCAAAAUGCUGAAUCUUUCGGAAAUGGAGGGGUUUCAUCACUGUCAACUUCAUCAAACUCCUCAAAUUCUUCCUUAAAGUCCCCGAAUUCAAACCCGUCGUCUUCAGUUUACAUGGAACUUUGGCAUGCUUGUGCUGGCCCUCUCACCUCUCUCCCCAAUAAAGGAAAUGUGGUUGUUUACUUCCCUCAAGGUCACUUGGAACAAAUUGCCUCACACUCAUCGACUCACUUUUCACCCAUUGAAGUUCCUUCUUUGGGCCUUCCUCCUCAGAUCUUUUGCAAAAUUGUUGAUGUUCAAUUGCUUGCAAACAAGGACAAUGAUGAGGUCUACACAAAGCUCGCUCUUUUGCCUCUACCAGAGGGAAAUUUGCAAGAAGGGGAGGAGGAUCAGGAGGAGGGUGGUGGGGUUACACCCACAAGAUCAACCCCUCAAAUGUUCUGCAAAACACUCACUGCUUCUGAUACAUCCACUCAUGGUGGAUUUUCUGUCCCUCGAAGAGCUGCUGAAGAUUGUUUUCCACCUCUGGAUUAUAAGCAGCAGAGGCCAAGCCAAGAACUAGUUGCUAAGGAUCUCCAUGGCGUCGAAUGGAAAUUUAGGCACAUCUAUCGAGGCCAACCAAGGCGACAUUUGCUUACCACAGGUUGGAGCAUCUUUGUAAGCCAGAAGAAUCUUGUUUCCGGUGAUGCAGUUCUCUUUCUUAGGGGUGAAGGAGGAGAGUUAAGGUUGGGAACUCGAAGAGCUACUAGACCAAAAAACAUUCUUCCUGAUAUCACCAUGAGCAACUUGAAUUCUUAUAGCGACACUCUUGCUUCUGUCGCUAAAGCAGUGUCCACCAACAGCAUCUUCCAUGUUUUCUACAGUCCAAGGUCUAGUCGAGCCGAUUUUGUUGUUCCUUACACAAAGUACAUGAAAUCCGUGAGUAAUAUGAUUUCAAUUGGUGCAAGAUUCAAAAUGAAGUUCUGUAUGGAUGAGUCUCCUGAAAGAAGGUUCAGUGGAGUUGUGACUGGUGUAGGUGAUAAGGAUCCUUACAAAUGGAACAACUCAAAAUGGAGAUGCCUUAUGGUGAGGUGGGAUGAAGACAUUGGAAAUGAUCAUCAAGAACGAAUAUCUCCAUGGGAGAUUGAUCUUUCUGGUGGUGGUUUCCCUUUGUUAAACAUCCAAUCAUCACCAAGACACAAGAAACUGCGUGCAGGUUUGCAUGCAACUCCUUCUGGACACCCUGCAACUGCACGUGGUGGAUAUGUAGACUUUGAGGAAUCGAUAAGAUCCUCUAAGGUCUUGCAAGGUCAAGAAAAUAUAGGUCCGAUGUCACCUCUAUAUGGGCGUGAUAAAAUGAACAACUCGUUGAGCUUCGGGGUACAACCCUCGAUGCAUCCGAGUUUCUCUCCAAAUGGGAUGAUGAUGAUGGGGAGAUCAAGUACAAAUUUUGUUAGUGAACUAAUGAAGACACAUCAUCAACCACUCACAACCACCCCUUACUCGGGCUUUCUGGGAUCUGACAACACUACAAGAUUCCCGAAGGUCUUGCAAGGUCAAGAAAUUUGCUCGUUGAGAUCAUUGACUGGUAAAAUACCACCCAACAUUGGUUCGUGGGGCCUACCACGAACCCAUGUUGGGAACAAUGUUCUCAACAUGAACCAAAGUUUCUACCCACUUGGUUCUGAAGGUGGUAGAAACUUUGGUUUCCCAAUUGGUGAUGUUUAUGAGGCAAGACAGAAUCCGGGUCCCGUCUUGCCUACAAACAUCAUGCGAUCUCACAUCAUCCCACCUUCGGUUGAAAGUGGGAUCAUGAGAGAUAAUAAUGUAGCUUCACUUCAGCUUCCAAAUGAGAAAACCGAACAACCUAAUUCAAGCAGUGAGAAAGAUGAUGGUGCUUCAGAUAGCAUAGAAAGCAGCUGUAAACUCUUUGGUUUUCCCUUGAAUGAACCUCCCACAUUGCUAGAUGCUAAAAGUUUGAACAAGAGGAGUUGUACAAAGGUUCACAAACAAGGAAACAAAGUUGGAAGAGCUGUUGAUCUGUCUAAAGUGUCGAGUUAUCGUGAGUUGUUCAUGGAGCUAGAAGCUUUGUUUAACAUGGAAGGUGUUUUCAGUAAUCCAGAUGGUGGAUGGAGACUACUUUAUACUGAUGAAGAGAAUGACAUGAUGGUUGUUGGAGAUGAUCCAUGGGAUGAGUUUGCAAGGAUGGCUACAAAGAUACAUAUAUACACUGCUGAAGAAGUUGAAAAGUUGAUGAGCAGUGGGGUGAUUAGUGACAACACAAGCUGUUUGGAGGAAGCGCCAGGUGUCGUUGAUACCGCUAAGUCUUCGUCAGUCGGGCAGCCCGAUUAGUCAGUCGGGCAGCAGGGAUUAAUGAACUGUUGCAUGGUUGUUUUGUAGUAGUAUGGUUGUUGUUUAUGUAUGUGUUUUGUGUUAGGCCAAGAGAACUAUGGAACCUUUGUUUCUAAAAGCAAGUUUUAGGUACUUGCUAGAUUUGGAUGCUGCAUCUGCAUGCAGCAAGUAUGUAAGCAAAUAAGUUGCCUACUUCGGUUUGUGCGAUGGUUAUUUAUGUUAGUGUGUGUUUAUCUUAAA